CCCCUAUCCAAAAUCUAAAACGCAAAAGCGAGCCAUGCCAGGAGCCUCCUCUCGCAAGGCAGUUCUGCCAGAAACCUUUCGGGUUUGUCUUUUUGGGAAGGUGAUCGGAGGAACUUCUCUAUAAAACGCCUGCGGUUGGCUGGGGAAAGGAUUUCUGCUGGGGUUGGAGGAAGAGGAAAGGAAAGAGGAAAGAAAGAGAGAGAGAGAGAAAGAAAACAAGAAAACGGAGAACUUCCUGGUCUCUUUAUUUCCUCCUCUUCUGAGACAUGUCUGAGGGUCCUGGCCACUGUUUUAUCAAGCAGGAAAGGAUUUCAUACACCCCUCCAGUGAGCCCGAUACCAAAUUACACUUCCUCAUCGCCACUACAUGUCCCAGUGCCUCGAGCAGUCAGGAUGGAGGAAGAUGCCAUCAGACUCCCAGCCCACCUACGGUUACAGCCUGUUUAUUGGAGCAGGGAUGAUGUGUCCCAGUGGCUGAAGUGGGCUGAAAAGGAGUUCUCAUUGAGACCCAUUGAAAGCAACACUUUUGAGAUGAAUGGCAAAGCGCUCUUGCUUCUGACCAAAGAGGAUUUCCGAUACAGGUCUCCACAUUCAGGUGAUGUGUUAUAUGAGCUUCUUCAGCAUAUCUUGAAGCAAAGGAAUUCUCAUGUGCUGUUUUCACCUUUCUUCCACCCGGGGAACUCUGUCCAUGCUCCGCCAGAUGUCAUGUUGCAUCAAAAUCAAGAUGAAGACAAUUUUGUCCAGAGACCUUCAAGACAAUCAACAGACACAGUCCAUCACAACCCACCUACUAUUGAACUUUUGCAUCGUUCUAGAUCACCCAUCAAUUCUAAUCACAGGCCUUCACCAGAGCCUGAGCAGCGGUCAUUAAAAUCCCCAUUGGAGAACACUAUUCGUCGCCUCUCACCAGCUGAGAGGCUCUCGGGCUCAAGACACCACCAAGAAAACAAUCACCAGGAGUCUUACCCUCUCUCAGUGUCUCCUAUUGAGAAUAACCACUGCCCAACCCCAUCUGAAGUGCUCCAGAAGCCUUCCAGCCCUCGACAAGAAAAUACCAGGGUGAUUCAGCUUAUGCCCAGCCCCAUCAUGCACCCUUUGAUACUGAACCCCAGGCACUCUGUGGAUUUCAAAGCCUCGAGGUUGUCUGAAGAUGGGUUGCACAGAGAGGUGAAGCCCAUCAACCUGUCUCACCGUGAAGAGUUAGCAUACAUGAACCACAUCAUGGUCUCUGUCUCCCCUCCUGAAGAUCAUGCCAUGCCAAUUGGAAGGAUAGCAGACUGCAGGCUCCUUUGGGAUUAUGUCUAUCAACUGCUGUCAGACAGCCGGUACGAAAACUUCAUCCGAUGGGAGGACAGGGAAUCCAAAAUAUUUCGGAUAGUGGAUCCUAAUGGGUUGGCUCGGCUGUGGGGAAACCAUAAGAACAGAACAAAUAUGACAUAUGAGAAAAUGUCUAGAGCAUUGCGCCACUACUAUAAACUAAAUAUUAUCAGAAAGGAACCAGGACAAAGGCUUUUGUUCAGGUUCAUGAAGACCCCAGAUGAGAUUAUGAGUGGCCGCACUGACCGCCUGGAGCAUCUUGAAUCUCAGGAACUGGAUGAGCAAAUAUACCAGGAAGACGAGUGCUGAAGGAACCAGUUCCCUUGCGUCACUUUGGUCUGCGGAAGAGUAGUCUGUAUGGAGGCACAUUCAUGUGUGAAACGAAACCCCAGGACUUAGCAUUUACCUUGGAGACCAAGCAGGACCCCAGAGCACCUUAGCAAAACAAAUCCAUUGGCAAGGGUGAUGUUGGCAGCAGGAUUUGGGAGAGAAAGAGAGAGAGAAUCAUAGCACUACUAUGGCGUUGGUUUUUAAGGUUUCCCUUGCCCUGGGGUGUUUUUUGUUCUUGUUUGGUUGGCUUGGGAUUUUUUUUUAUUUCUAACUAACACGCCAUUUGGCCUUUUUUAAUGACUUUUGUACAGCAAAACAUCAUGUGUUUGCUUAUUCUGAAGGCUUUCCUAUGGAAAUGUAGCACAACUGUUUUCUGUGCAGAGUAUCACAAUAUGAUAUAUGAUCACAGCAUAGGAACAAAGAGCGACAAAUGUCACAAGAGGGGUCUGAAAAUGUCUCCAGUUGCCUAAAUUCCUUUAUUCACUCUUGUCACAAAGGUAAAAGAUUUUGGAUUGCAGUCUAUGAUUAAGGGUUUAAGAAAUGGGGAGAAGGGCUGUUGGAAGGUCUGGGAGAUCUGACUGGCAUAUGUUGAGCUGGGGUUAGAUCUGGAAAGUGUUGGACAUCUCCCAGAGCGCAUGGACUUCAUCCAAGCACUCAGCAGCAUGGGAAUGAGAAAUAAAUAGGACAAACUCUAAGAAAAUACAGUAGACCUCUUCAUGCUUUUCCAGCUCAAGGAAGAUUUAAAUAAAAACCACACUGACAAGAUAAAAUUUUUGCUUGAUAUGAUUUGUUGAGCAUCACUAGGGUAUUUUUCAUUUGCACAACACAGGUUGGGAUUUUGUGCUAGCCAAUUCACUUAGAAAAGGAAGAAAUGGUCGAUCAUAAAAAGAGAAGGAAAAGUUUAGGACCUUCAAAAUGGCAGUUUGGCCUUUCUGGAAGCUUCCUCAGGAGUGGCUUACACCUUUCUGAGGGGAUGUCAACCUUACUAUAUGUGCUAAAACCAGAGAUUGGAUUUCUGAGCUGAUCUCUGCAUUGUUUUUGUUUUACUCUGCUCUGUCCAAGUGCAACAUUGCCAUUUUAUGGCCAUCUUAACCCAUUUCCUAUGUGGUUUUUAAUGAAAAGGUCUAGCAUUCUUGGCCUGUUAAUUUUAAAUGAUUUAGAUUCUUGCAGUUCCAGGUUAGUGUUGUAGCCUUUAGAGUGAAAGGAGUUUUGUAUGCGCCUUUUGUUGGUAGGAAGUCUUAGUUCUUUAAACUUCAAUAAGCCCCUUACCUCUGGAGGUUGUUCAAUUAUGCUGAAAGCAGUAUGUUAUCCUAUGGUUCUAUACUGCAAAAUAUCUUGUAGAGUUCAUAUGUACACAUCAUGACAGAAUGCUCUCUGUGUGACAGCAUCUACACUUUCUAAAAGCCAUUGACGGGGUUGUGUAUAUGUUAUGUUGAAGAAAUCAAAAUUAUGUGCCACAAUAACUUAAACUGUAUCAGGAAAUAUGAAAUGUUAUCACUUCAAUCUGAUAUGCAAAUUAAGUAUACUCGCAUCUGUUUUCUCAAUUUGCAUAAUGUGUUCUGCUUCUAAAAGUGGGGGGUGGGAGGGAACAUAAAGCGUUAUAUUGAAUAAUGAAGCCCUACUUCUCACCCUCCUCUAUCACUACAAAUCCUGCUCUUCCACUCUUCUAAUUUCUGGCAUUUCACCGCACUCUUUCAAGUAUGCUGUGGAUUCCUGGGUGGAUUCCUGCAUUGAGCAGGGGGUUGGACUCGAUGGCCUUUUAGGCCCUUUCCAACUCUACUAUUCUAUGAUUCUAAGCCUUCCUUUUGAAUCUUGAUGGCUAGAAAUUUGUUCCUUUUCCCAGGGGAUAGAGAAUUAAGCUUGAGAUUCUCAAGAUGUGGAACCUUAUACCUGUUUCUGAAUUUACAUGGUAAGGUCAAAUAAUGCACACAGCCCAAGCCAUUAGUUAGGGGUUUUUUGGUAUUUUUUUCCCAAUGUCAGUAAUAGGUUUUCACACCAGUAUUCACUAGAAAAUUGGCAAAGUCCUACAUCUUGGAUUUUUUUGUUCUAGAAAAUGUUUAAUAGUGAAAUGAAAUGUACUACUGAUAGAGAUAAACAUUUUAUAUUUAAGAUACAGCUUAUGGAAAGAAACUAAUUUUGCACACAUGUAAAACAUUCAUUCUCUCACAUAUAUAAAAGACCACUUCUCCCAUUCUUUGCUCAACACUCCUCUCCAGAGGUAGCUCA